CGCGAACCCCACUGGCACGCUGGAGCGCGCCAUGCGGACCACCAGGUACAUGCGCAGGUAUCACGCGGGUAUGGCGGAGGAGCUGCAGGCCAACGAGCACAGCAUCUCCUGCGUCAGCCAACGGAUGCAGAAGGAGGGCUGGAGGCUGUGCAACGUGCCGAGCGUCCGCACCGCGCGGGGGGGCUGGAGAGCGCAGCUGCUCCUGGCAACCGUGCGGCCAAACAGCAUGAGCUACGUCAUGGGGCCCGACGCGAGGGGCGACCCGCCCUGCGAGUCCAAGGGCGGCCCGGCGAAGGGCAGGAUGAAGGCUGUCGGCAAAUGCAAGGCAGGCACGGCGCGCCUCUGGGGCAGCGAGGGCACCCCGCGGAACUUCACCGCGGCCGCCGCAGGGGCGGGGAAGUACUGGAUCCAGGGCGACGACGUCGACAUGGACCCAGCUGAGCUACAGCGCACAGGGGUGAACAACAGGAUGGACGGGGUCAUCGUGUUCGACACUCCGCGCGGCUCGUGCGUCACAUUGGGGGAGGCACGGUGCCGCGACCACUUCAUCAUGGGCAACGCGUGCGAGGAGCACUCCAGGAAGUACUUCAACUACGUCGGCCAGGACGGGCAAGAGGGCAAUAGCCACUUGGUUUGCGCCCAGAACAACGCCAAGGGUAUCCUUGGGAAUGGCAUCAUCGAGUCGCUUCUCGAGCGGGACUACCUAGCAUGGCGGGCGAUGCCAAAUCAGGGGGAGGGCAACGUAGACGCCAUGGACGAGCAGGAGAACUCCGACAACCUGGACGAGUUAAGCUACACAGGCUUGCACCACGUGGACAGCGUGACCAAGCUCAUGGGGGAGACCAACCGCAUGCCCCACGCCCUCCAUUGCGAGGCUGCGCGGGCCGACGGGCACCGCCACGAGGGGACCUACUUCGGCCUGACCAAGUGCUUCGAGUGGGUUACUCAGCGGAAGGUAUGGGAGGCGUCGCAGCGACGAGGCGACAACCCAAGCAUCAUGCGGACGGACCGCAAGAUGGACAGCAUAGGGCGGCACGGCGUCCUGGACGGGGGCUACGCUGAGGGCAAGGCUGGGCAGCGGGGCUUCGAGGCGGACAGCUGGCACAUACCGUUCGGUCGCCAGACGGUCAUCAUCCUCGAGCUGGACAGGCUGGCGCACCAGGAUUGCUGGGCGAACGUGCCCCUCCACGUCGGGGACCGCGCCGCAGCCGCGCGCGGCAGGCGCGAGCACGUCGGCGAGGACCACCCGCAGCCCAUCGCCGCCGUGAGCUCCAGGAUCGUGACGGCCGUGGACAGGGCGGUCUCAAGCGGCACGGAGGCGAAGACGGUCACCCCGGCUUCCUCCGCUGCGGGGAGACACCGCAACAACAAGAAUACCAGGUACCUCAGCGCGAGAGUAGUCAAGCACGAGAAGCACCUGGGAGGCACUGCAACAGCAUGCAGACGGAGUAGAGUGGCGGCCAUCAACAAGCGGGCGCCGAAGUUUGCAGAGAAGAAGGCACGGGUGACAGCCGCGCGCAGAGCGGGAGGAGUGACAUGCGAGCUGGGCGGCUCGAGGCAGUUCGGCGACUACGCACCGCGGAGACGAGGAGGAAUCAGCCUCACCAAGCUCAAGGACAACGGUGAGUACGACAUGGACGACGGGGGCUACGGGCCCCGCCCUGGCGCGCUGAGGGCCCAGAGCAUCUUGCGGGGGAAGAUCCACGCGCGGCGGCAGGCGCCGCAGGCAGGCACCCCGCCCAUGUUCAUCUGCACCGACAGCCAGAACGUCAUCGACGGCGUGAUGGCGGGACCGUCGUGGCUCGACAAGAGGAGCCACCUGCACCUCGACCACUGGGAGUGCAUCGUCCAAACCGUCGCAGAGUGCGGAGGCUUGGGCCCGCGCACCGUGCAGGUGCAAGGGCUGAAG